UGCUCAGUGGGCCGGGCCGGCAGGUUUGCGUGGCCGCUGAGUUGCCGGCGCCGGCUGAGCCAGCGGACGCCGCGUUCUUGGCGGCCGCCGGUUCCCGGGAAGUUACGUGCGGAAGUCGGCUUCCGAGGAGACGCCGGGAGGCCACGGGUGCUGCCGAGGGGCGGGCGACCGGGCGGGGCCGACGUGGCCAGGCUGCGAAAGCUGCGGGAGGCCGAGCUGGUGGCCGCGCUCGGAGGGAGGUGCCGGUCGGGCGCGCCCCGUGGAGAAGACCCGGGCGGGGCGGGCGCUUCCCGGACUUUUGUCCGAGUUGAAUUCCCUCCCCGUGGGCCGGGCCCUUCCGGCCGCCCCCGCCCCUGCCCCGCUCGCUCUCGGGAGAUGUUUAUUUGGGCUGUGGCGUGAGGAGCAGGCGGGCCGGCGCCGCGGAGUUUCGGGUCCGAGGAGCCUCGCGCGGCGCUGGAGAGAGACAAGAUGUCCGCCAGAGCUGCGGCCGCCAAGAGCACAGCAAUGGAGGAAACAGCUAUAUGGGAACAACAUACAGUGACGCUUCACAGGGCUCCUGGAUUUGGAUUUGGCAUUGCAAUAUCUGGUGGACGAGAUAAUCCUCAUUUUCAGAGUGGGGAAACGUCAAUCGUGAUUUCAGAUGUGCUGAAAGGAGGACCAGCUGAAGGACAGCUACAGGAAAAUGACCGAGUGGCAAUGGUUAACGGAGUUUCAAUGGAUAAUGUUGAACAUGCUUUUGCUGUUCAGCAACUAAGGAAAAGUGGGAAAAAUGCAAAAAUUACAAUUAGAAGGAAGAAGAAAGUUCAAAUACCAGUAAGUCGUCCUGAUCCUGAACCAGUAUCUGAUAAUGAAGAAGAUAGUUACGAUGAGGAAAUACAUGAUCCAAGAAGUGGCCGGAGUGGUGUGGUUAACAGAAGGAGUGAGAAGAUUUGGCCGAGGGAUAGAAGUGCAAGUAGAGAGAGGAGCUUGUCUCCGCGGUCAGACAGGCGGUCAGUGGCUUCCAGCCAGCCCGCUAAACCCACCAAAGUCACACUGGUGAAAUCCCGGAAGAAUGAAGAAUAUGGUCUUCGAUUGGCAAGCCAUAUAUUUGUUAAGGAAAUUUCACAAGAUAGUUUGGCAGCAAGAGAUGGCAAUAUUCAAGAAGGUGAUGUUGUAUUGAAGAUAAAUGGUACUGUGACAGAAAAUAUGUCAUUGACAGAUGCAAAGACAUUGAUAGAAAGGUCUAAAGGCAAAUUAAAAAUGGUAGUUCAGAGAGAUGAACGGGCUACGCUGUUGAACGUCCCUGAUCUGUCUGACAGCAUCCACUCUGCUAAUGCCUCUGAGAGAGACGACAUUUCAGAAAUUCAGUCACUGGCCUCAGAUCAUUCUGGUCGAUCACACGAUAGGCCUCCCCGCCGCAGCCGGUCACGAUCUCCUGACCAGCGGUCAGAGCCUUCUGAUCAUUCCAGACACUCUCCACAGCAGCCAAGCAAUGGCAGUCUCCGGAGUAGAGAUGAAGAGAGAAUUUCUAAGCCUGGGGCUGUCUCAACUCCUGUAAAGCAUGCUGAUGAUCACACACCUAAAACAGUGGAAGAAGUUACAGUUGAAAGAAACGAGAAACAAACACCUUCUCUACCAGAACCAAAGCCUGUGUAUGCCCAGGUUGGGCAACCAGAUGUGGAUUUACCUGUCAGUCCAUCAGAUGGUGUCCUACCUAAUUCAACUCAUGAAGAUGGGAUUCUUCGACCCAGCAUGAAAUUGGUAAAAUUCAGAAAAGGAGAUAGUGUGGGAUUGCGACUGGCUGGUGGAAAUGAUGUUGGAAUAUUUGUAGCUGGCGUUCUAGAAGAUAGCCCUGCAGCCAAGGAAGGCUUAGAGGAAGGUGAUCAAAUUCUCAGGGUAAACAAUGUAGAUUUUACAAAUAUCAUAAGAGAAGAAGCCGUCCUUUUCCUGCUUGACCUCCCUAAAGGAGAAGAAGUGACCAUAUUGGCUCAGAAGAAGAAGGAUGUUUAUCGUCGCAUUGUAGAAUCAGAUGUAGGAGAUUCUUUCUAUAUUAGAACCCAUUUUGAAUAUGAAAAGGAAUCUCCCUAUGGACUUAGUUUUAACAAAGGAGAGGUGUUCCGUGUUGUGGAUACCUUGUACAAUGGAAAACUGGGCUCUUGGCUUGCUAUUCGAAUUGGCAAAAAUCAUAAGGAGGUAGAACGAGGCAUCAUCCCUAAUAAGAACAGAGCUGAGCAGCUGGCCAGUGUACAGUACACACUUCCAAAGACAGCAGGAGGAGACCGCGCCGACUUCUGGAGAUUCCGAGGUCUUCGCAGCUCCAAGAGAAAUCUUCGAAAGAGCAGAGAGGAUUUGUCUGCUCAGCCUGUUCAAACAAAGUUUCCAGCUUAUGAAAGAGUGGUUCUUCGAGAAGCUGGAUUUCUGAGGCCUGUAACCAUUUUUGGACCAAUAGCUGAUGUUGCCAGAGAAAAGCUGGCUAGAGAAGAACCAGAUAUUUAUCAAAUUGCAAAGAGUGAACCACGAGACGCUGGAACUGACCAACGUAGCUCUGGCAUUAUUCGCCUGCAUACAAUAAAGCAAAUCAUAGAUCAAGACAAACAUGCUUUAUUAGAUGUAACACCAAAUGCAGUUGAUCGUCUUAACUAUGCCCAGUGGUAUCCAAUUGUUGUAUUUCUUAAUCCUGAUUCUAAGCAAGGAGUAAAAACAAUGAGAAUGAGGUUAUGUCCAGAAUCUCGGAAAAGUGCCAGGAAGUUAUAUGAGCGAUCUCAUAAACUUCGUAAAAAUAAUCACCAUCUUUUUACAACUACAAUUAACUUAAAUUCAAUGAAUGAUGGUUGGUAUGGUGCCCUGAAAGAAGCAAUUCAACAGCAGCAAAACCAGCUGGUGUGGGUUUCUGAGGGAAAGGCGGAUGGUGCUACAAGUGAUGACCUUGAUUUGCAUGAUGAUCGUCUGUCCUACCUGUCAGCUCCAGGUAGUGAAUACUCAAUGUAUAGCACGGACAGUAGACACACUUCUGACUAUGAAGACACAGACACAGAAGGCGGGGCCUACACUGAUCAAGAACUAGAUGAAACUCUUAAUGAUGAGGUUGGGACUCCACCGGAGUCUGCCAUUACACGGUCCUCUGAGCCUGUAAGAGAGGACUCCUCUGGAAUGCAUCAUGAAAACCAAACAUAUCCUCCUUACUCACCACAAGCGCAGCCACAACCAAUUCAUAGAAUAGACUCCCCUGGAUUUAAGCCAGCCUCUCAACAGAAAGCAGAAGCUUCAUCUCCAGUCCCUUACCUUUCGCCUGAAACAAACCCAGCAUCAUCAACCUCUGCUGUUAAUCAUAAUGUAAAUUUAACUAAUGUCAGACUGGAGGAGCCCACCCCAGCUCCUUCCACCACUUACUCACCACAAGCUGAUUCUUUAAGAACACCAAGUACUGAGGCAGCUCACAUAAUGCUAAGAGAUCAAGAACCAUCAUUGUCGUCGCAUGUAGAUCCAACAAAGGUGUACAGAAAGGAUCCAUAUCCCGAGGAAAUGAUGAGACAAAACCAUGUUUUGAAACAGCCAGCCGUUGGUCACCCAGGGCACAGGCCAGACAAAGAGCCUAAUCUGACCUAUGAACCCCAACUCCCAUACGUAGAGAAACAAGCCAGCAGAGACCUUGAGCAGCCCACGUACAGAUACGAGUCCUCAAGCUAUACGGACCAGUUUUCUCGAAACUAUGAACAUCGUCUGCGAUACGAAGAUCGCGUCCCCAUGUAUGAAGAACAGUGGUCAUAUUAUGAUGACAAACAGCCCUACCCAUCUCGGCCACCUUUUGAUAAUCAGCACUCUCGAGACCUUGACUCCAGACAGCAUCCCGAAGAGUCCUCAGAACGCGGGUACUUUCCACGUUUUGAAGAGCCAGCCCCUCUGUCCUAUGACAGCAGACCACGUUACGAACAGGCACCUAGAGUGUCUGCCCUGCGGCACGAAGAGCAGUCAGUUCCUGGGUAUGACACGCAUGGUAGACACAGGCCGGAAACCCAGCCCUACCCUUCAGCAGGGCCCAAGCCCGCAGAGCCCAAGCAGUAUUUUGAGCAAUAUUCACGCAGUUACGAGCAAGUCCCACCCCAAGGAUUUACCUCUAGAGCAGGUCAUUUUGAGCCUCUCCAUGGUGCUGCAGCUGUCCCUCCGCUGAUACCUUCAUCUCAGCAUAAGCCAGAAGCUCUGCCUUCAAAUACCAAACCGCUGCCUCCACCCCCAACUCAAACCGAAGAAGAGGAAGAUCCAGCAAUGAAGCCACAGUCUGUACUCACCAGAGUUAAGAUGUUUGAAAACAAAAGAUCUGCAUCCUUAGAGACCAAGAAGGAUGUAAAUGACACUGCCACUUUUAAGCCUCCAGAAGUAGCAUCUAAACCUUCAGGUGCUCCCAUCAUUGGUCCCAAACCCACUUCUCAGAAUCAAUUCAGUGAACAUGACAAAACUCUAUACAGGAUCCCAGAACCUCAAAAGCCUCAACUGAAGCCACCUGAAGAUAUUGUUCGGUCAAAUCAUUAUGACCCUGAAGAAGAUGAAGAAUAUUAUCGAAAACAGCUCUCAUACUUUGACCGAAGAAGUUUUGAGAAUAAGCCUCCUGCACACAUUGCUGCCAGCCAUCUCUCCGAGCCUGCAAAGCCAGCUCAUUCUCAGAAUCAAUCAAAUUUUUCUAGUUAUUCUUCAAAGGGAAAGCCUCCUGAAGCUGAUGGUGUAGAUAGAUCAUUUGGUGAGAAACGCUAUGAACCCCUCCAGGUCACUCCCCCUCCUCCUCCAUUGCCCUCGCAGUACGCCCAGCCAUCUCAACCUGUCACCAGCGCAUCUCUCCACAUACAUUCUAAGGGAGCACAUGGUGAAGGUAAUUCAGUGUCAUUGGAUUUUCAGAAUUCCUUAGUGUCCAAACCAGACCCACCUCCGUCUCAGAAUAAGCCAGCAACUUUCAGACCACCAAACCGAGAAGAUACUGCUCAGCCAGCUUUCUAUCCCCAGAAAAGUUUUCCAGAUAAAGCCCCAGUUAAUGGAACUGAACAGACUCAGAAAACGGUCACUCCAGCAUACAAUCGAUUCACACCAAAACCAUAUACAAGUUCUGCCCGACCGUUUGAACGCAAGUUUGAAAGUCCUAAAUUCAAUCACAAUCUUCUGCCAAGUGAAACUGCACAUAAACCUGACUUGUCAAAAACUCCCACUUCUCCAAAAACUCUUGUGAAAUCGCACAGUUUGGCACAGCCUUCUGAGUUUGACAGUGGAGUUGAAACUUUCUCUAUCCAUGCAGAGAAGCCUAAAUAUCAAAUAAAUAAUAUCAGCACAGUGCCUAAAGCUAUUCCUGUGAGUUCCUUCGAGUCUGAAGAGGAUGAAGGAAAUGAAAAUGGCAUAACUGUGGGGUGGCCACCAGCGCGAGCAUAUUUAACAGCAAUGGAAAUCUAUUUCAAGGUCUGCCGAGACAACAGCAUUCCACCUUUAGAUAAAGAGAAAGGUGAAACACUGCUGAGUCCCUUGGUGAUGUGUGGUCCCCAUGGCCUCAAGUUCCUGAAGCCUGUGGAGCUGCGCUUACCACACUGUGCGUCCAUGACUCCUGACGGUUGGUCUUUUGCUCUAAAAUCAUCCGACUCCUCGUCGGGUGAUCCUAAAACCUGGCAAAACAAGUGUCUUCCUGGAGAUCCAAAUUAUCUCGUUGGAGCAAAUUGUGUUUCUGUCCUUAUUGACCACUUUUAACUCUGAAAUAUAGGAACUUGAUUAAAUAAUGUGAAACUGGAUUAAACUUAAUCUAAAUGGAACCACUCUUAUCAAGUAUUAUACCUUUUUUAGAAUUGAUACUACAGUUUGUUAGUAUGAAGCAUUUGUUUGAACUGAUAAAGAUUAGUGAGCAUGCCCCUGAACCAUGGUCAGAAAACAUGCUACACGCUGUGUGUUUGUGAUUGAUGGGACUGUUGGUAUUGGCUAGAGGUUCAAAGAUAUUUUGCUUUGUGAUUUUUGUAGUUUUUUUUUUAUCGUCACUGCUUAACUUCACAUAUUGAUUUCCGUUAAAAUACCAGCCAGUAAAUGGGGGUGCAUUUGAGGUCUGUUCUUUCCAAAGUACACUGUUUCAAACUUUACUAUGGCCCUGGCCUAGCAUACAUACACAUUUUAUUUUAUCAUGCAUGAAGUAAUAUGCACACAUUUUAAAAAUGCACCUGGAAUAUAUAACCAGUGUUGUGGAUUUAACAGAAAUGUACAGCAAGGGGAUUUAUAACUGGGGGAGGGUGAAGUGAAGACAAUGACUUACUGUAUAUGAAAACACAUUUUUCAUAGGGAAGGAUACAGAAGCAUGUGAGACUGGUUCCAUGGCCUCUUCAGAUCUCUAACUUCACCAUAUUACCACAAACAUACUAACCAGCAGGAAUGCCUUACCCUCAUGUUCUUAAUUCUUAGCUCAUUCUCGCUGUAUGUUACUAAGUUUUUAUGGCUUUUGUGCAUUAUCGAGAUACUGUAUCAUGACAAAGACUGAGUAAAUUGUGCAUUUGGUGGUUUCAGAAAUGUGUUAUCACCCAGAAGAAAAUAGUGGUGUGAUUUCGGGAUUUUUUCUUUUCUUUUUUCUUUUUCUUUUUUUUGGACAAGGGGCAGUGGUUGUUUUCUGUUCUUUCUGGCUAUGCAUUUGAAAAUUUUGAUGUUUUAAGGAUGCUUGUAUAUAAUGCGUGCAUACCACUUUUGUUCUUGGUUUGUAAAUUAACUUUUAUAAACUUUACCUUUUUUAUACAUAAACAAAACCAAGUUUCUAAAGGCUACCUUUGUAUUCUCUCCUGUACCUCUUGAGCCUUGAACUUUGACCUCUGCAGCAAUAAAGCAGCGUUUCUAUGACACAUGCAAGGUCAUUUUUUUAAGAAAAAGGAUGCACAGAGUUGUUACAUUUUUAAGUGCUGCAUUUAAAAGAUACAGUUACUCAGAAUUCUCUAGUUUGAUUAAAUUCUUGCAAAGUAUCCCUACUGUAAUUUGUGAUACAAUGCUGUGCCCUAAAGUGUAUUUUUUUACUAAUAGACAAUUUAUUAUGGCACAUCAGCACGAUUUCUGUUUGGAUAAUACACCACUACGUUCUGUUAAUCAUUAGGUGUGACUGAAUUUCUUUUGCCGUUAUUAAAAAUCUCAAAUUUCUAAAUCUCCAAAAUAAAACUUUUUAAAAUAAA